AUCCUCUCCACUUUAUAGCUGUGACAGAGGAGCAAAGAAAGACAGUGAGAAAGACAGAGGAGAAGGAAAAACCAACUCUGUUGUUUCUCUGAUAAUAAGCCCUAAACUCUGAUACCCAUGGAUGCUGCAGAAUUCCGCAAGAGAGGGAAGGAGAUGGUGGACUAUGUUGCAGAUUACCUGGAGAAGAUAGAUAAAAGACAGGUCUUCCCAGAUGUGGAACCAGGAUACCUAAGGCCCCUCAUCGCAGACUGUGCACCCCAGGAGCCUGAGAGCUUCGAGGAUAUCUUUAAAGAUAUUGAGAAGAUCAUUAUGCCAGGGGUGACUCAUUGGCACAGUCCGUACUUUUUUGCCUACUUCCCUGCAGCCUCUUCCUUCCCAGCUCUUCUUGCAGAUAUGUUGUGUGGUGGAAUAGGAUGUGUGGGCUUCUCUUGGGCUGCAAGUCCAGCUUGCACAGAGCUGGAGACUGUCAUGCUGGAUUGGCUAGGGAAGAUGAUUAAUUUGCCUCAAGAGUUUUUAGCUGGGAAGGAUGGCCAAGGUGGAGGAGUCAUUCAGGGAAGUGCAAGUGAGGCCACCCUGAUUUCACUGCUUGCUGCUAGAACAAAAACGAUCAGACGUGUGCAGUCAGAAAAGCCUGAGCUAACAGAAGCAGAGAUCAUGGGCAGGCUGGUGGCUUAUGCUUCUGAUCAGGCUCAUUCAUCUGUGGAAAGGGCUGCAUUAAUCGGUGCUGUGAAGAUUAAAAAUGUUCCUUCAGAUGAUACAUUCAGUGUUUGUGGUUCAGCCCUGAAGAAGGUUCUGGAUGAAGACAAAGCUGCUGGUCUUAUACCAUUCUUUUUCUGUGCAACUCUCGGAACCACACCUUGCUGCUCCUUUGACAAACUGUUAGAACUGGGUCCUAUUUGUAAUAAGGAAAAUAUCUGGAUGCAUAUUGAUGCAGCCUAUGCUGGGAGUGCAUUCAUCUGCCCUGAAUUCAGGCAUCUUUUAAAUGGAGUGGAGUUUGCAGAUUCUUUUAACUUUAAUCCUCACAAAUGGCUCCUAGUGAAUUUUGACUGCUCUGCUAUGUGGGUGAAAAAAAGAUCAGAUUUAAUAGGUGCCUUUAAAUUAGAACCUCUUUACCUGCAGCAUCACCAUCAGGAGUCUGGUCUUGUAACAGAUUAUCGGCACUGGCAAAUCCCCCUGGGCAGGAGGUUCCGCUCCCUGAAGCUUUGGUUCGUGCUGAGGAUGUACGGGGUCAAGGGGCUGCAGGAGCACAUCCGCAAGCACGUCAGGCUGUCACAUCAAUUUGAACACUUAGUCCUUCAGGAUGGAAGAUUUGAGAUCUGUGCUGAGGUUGUCUUGGGACUAGUCUGUUUUCGGCUGAAGGGCUCAAAUAAACUAAACGAGGCACUUCUUAAAAGCAUUAAUGAGGCCAAGAAGAUUCAUCUGGUCCCAAGCCAUCUGCGAGAGAAGUUUGUGCUACGUUUUGCUAUUUGUUCCCGCACAGUGGAAUCCAACCACAUCAAGUUUGCCUGGCAGCACAUCUCACAGCUGGCAACUGAUCUUCUGAAAACAUGGGAGCAAAACCACCAACAGGAGUAACGCCAGUGAAGUACAAGUGGAGAUGAGGUAAUUAACUGGCUUUCUUUGUGUUGCCAAGUUUUAUUUUAGGGGCAGGUGGGAAAGUAAAAUUAAGAAGGAAAAAGAUACAAAAACUGUUGUUACAUAGCCCAGCUGCAGUAGCAAAAUCCUUGCCAGCAAGUUGCGUUGUAAUUUUUAUUUACUGUAGUUUCAUCUUGCCUGUUUCCAGGACGCACAUAGCCAAGGAGACUCAAGCUGUCAUUUCUUACCAGUUUGUAAUCGAGAUCAUUUAUUCAACCAGGCAAUGGAAACAGAAGGGUUAGUGCUCCCUCUGUUGUCCCCACACUCCUCUAGCACAGCCACUCCUUCCCUCACAGAUGAAACUGAGAGGUCUUAUAACCAAUGAAUUUAACGUUACUAUGACUUCAGAAGAAAUCCAAGUUGGGGAAGUUUAGUAACCUGUUUGGGUCCUUUCUAAAUAGGCAUGCACAAAUGUUAUUGUUAGAAUUUGGGGCACUGUCAUGUCAUGACAUACUGCAGUAAUUUUGUAAAUGAACAAAGGACAAAGGACUUCAAGACUUCCUUCAUUGCAUAGCCACAUUGAGGGGAGUGACCACUAAGUGAACACUAACCAUCCUUCUGGCAGGUUCUCUACUUUCCCCUAAAGGGUUUGGUUUUAAAACAGCCAUUUUGUCAAAUAUCAGCAAAGAAGUUAUGCUGGCUUUUGGUUCCCACUUUGAUCAUUCAUAAUGAGGCCUCUUAAAAACUCUCAAUGAAGAAUUUUGUCAAAAGCCAUGUGCUACCUGGCAUUCUGUAUUUUUAACCAAGUUACUAUAAGCAGUGAUUACUUGAAAAUAAUCUGUAAGAUAUGUUCUGUGAAACUAAGUUAUGAUUACUUUUUAUGGCUACUGUUCUGCUUACUUCAUUGUGUAAUAAAUCUUUGAGAAAAUGUGCUAAGAAAUGUGACGGCAAAAAAUGUUACUUUUCGUUUCUCAAAUUAGCUAACAAAUGUGUAAAAAAUUGACAGUAAAAAUAGAAAUUAAGAGAACUAACACUCAAAAUAUGCAGUGGUUCCCUCUUCAGUGGUUUUCGUCCAGUAACAGUGAUACGUGGAAUAUGAAAAUACUGGAAAACAACUUUCACAGAAAGUCAAAUCACGUGUACUUGACACAAACCAUUGAUAUGUCAUCCUGUUGAAGGCAGGUACAGUAAAGACCUAAAAUGAAAGUCAGAGGUAAAAGGGAAGUCAGAACAAUACCUGACUUUAAGAAGUACUUUUGCUGUUUUUAAAACAUGGAUUCCAGACAGUUAUUUCUAUGCAAAUAAGAACAACCUACUUAGCUACUCCAAGAAAAAUAAUAUUUAGGAUUAAUUUCUACAUUUGCAUUUUAAUCUUCCUUUUACUGCUCAUAUUAACUUCUAAAACAUCUUGAACAACUUGCACAAUUAUUCAGCUUUCUUCCUCCAUGCCUUGCGAAUAUACUUCCUACGGCUGGGAAGUUGCAAGUACACCAUGAAACAUGGAAUGGGACAGUUAAUUUGGCACAUGGUCUGCUCCUACCCACUGUCUUUCCAGAAGGGAUUAACUAAAUUGAAUAUGGACUGUGUGGAUUUUUCUGUUGAUUCUUAAUCUCUCACAUCUGAGGUGCAAACUUGGAAGGACUACUAUUUCUUUAAGGAACUGAUUUCCCAGAAUGGGAUGACAAAUCAAUCUAGCAAAACCCUGUAAUAUUCGAGGAGGUGACUCGGCCAUUUCACAAGACACUCCUCUCAUCCACAGUAUCAGAAAUUUUGAUAGCACCAUUCUAUUUAGCAGAACCAAUAUGAAAUUAAGCUUUGCUGUAGUAGCACAAUGCAAUAGAUUGGCAAACUGAAGAGAGUGGAAAAUGCUGGCAGUUGUUUCCUUUCUCUGUUAGUCUUUUUUAAAACAACAUUCCUUCAUUCUCAUGACCUGGAAAACAGUGUUCAUCCAUAACACAUAUGAUCCACACUGAUACAAUUUUACAACUUUUACAUUAUGAAAACUCUAGAAUCUUGGAGCCAGAGAGGAAUUACAGUUUGUCUAUGAGACAGACCAGUAUUCUGCAUUUGAAAUAUAUAACCAGGUCUGUCCAGGGAUUAAAAAAAAAAAUAAAUCAGAUUUGGAUCAAAGCUAUCAUAGAGUAAAUCCAGGAUAAUUCCACUGAAAUGAAAUGGAGUUGCUUUGGUGUUAAGUGACUGUAAUUGAGAUUAAAAUGUGACUAUUAAGUAUUGGAAAAGAAAGGCAUAAGGUAAGGCAACAUUGAAUUAAACUUAAGAAGAUGUUGGUGGAAAUCUUCUCCAUGGAAACCAGAGCAGGGGUGGAUGAUGCACACCUGUGUGAGCCUCAAACUGCUGUAAAACUGGGAUGCAGGCAGGCUGCACAUCCAAACUCAGGAGGAGUGAAAUGUUCCCAACAGCCCAGAAAUUAGAUAUAGAUCCCUCUAGACAUUUGUGGGAAAAUCUUGCCAAAAUCAAUAUUCAGUUAAGCAUUUUUCAGUAUAUGGAUACCAGUUCUAGAAAAGGCUGUUGUCUAGAUACCAAAACUCCAGUUGGCAAAGAAUUUAGGAUAAAGGCUAAUUUAAAAUAUAAAUACAGUAAAAGUUAAUUUAUUUAAUAGAAGUGACACGUAAAUCUUCUAAUAAACAACAGUGACGAGACCCAUAGAAUUACAUUUCCCCAUGGCUAGCCCAAUACAGAAAUCUGAAGUUCACAGUUCUAGUUUUUCUGAAAUUCUGGGAUGAAUUGAAUAUGUAACUAGUGAAGGCCUUCAUAGUAUUCAGUCUCUAACACCCUCUUUUUCCCAUGCGAUAAUUCCUUUGUAAACUACUAAUGUUAGGUCAUCUGAAAAGGAAAUCUGGGCUAUGUAAUCAACUCAAGAACAAGUGUUGAAAAGAACAUUUUGAAAGAAGAACAUAACUGCUGUUUCUGUUCUGUAACUUUGCAACUUAUCUGUAAGUGAGAAACACUGUAUUUAUGAAUAGUUGGUAUGUUAACCUGCAUUUAUGGUGCCUUUUGUGCAAAAGCUAAUACAGUCUGUGCCAAUUAAUACUGUUCGAUAUUAAAAAUAAUUACAAAAUCUCAGAAUUGUACUUUAGUAGAAUACCCACAAGGACAACUGCAGCUAUCAGAGAAGGAGGAAAAAAGCUAACUUUUCAGUAACCACAAUUUAUUUUUUUUAAAAGUAGCAGAGUACUAGUACAGUAUUCACAUUCUUAAUGACAGAUUAUAUUUUAUUACUGAUGGUGAAAUAUUGAAAAGAUUUGUAUUUAUGAAAGUAUUGGUAAUAUAUUAUACUCUGAACUGCAUUAUAAAUAUUAAAUUUCUAAUUUACUCUUGCCUUUACAUAUAAGGUUCUGCUCAUGGUUGUUGUUUUGUUGUUGUUAUUGUUUCCUGUAAGGAUAACAUAUGUGAUGAGUGGUACUCACAUUGCAGUUCCCUUACAGCACCAGUCUAAACUUUGAGAGGUAUAAACUUCAAUUGCUCAAAGACAGAAAGAGAAAUAAAACUGAGAACUCUGAUGAGUUCUGAUGGUGGUUGGUGGGGAAAGAUUAAAUAACCAUCAGUAGAUAAUAUCUACAUAGCAUAUGUAGAGUUUGUGUGACUUAAAUGGAAAAAUAAUCAGAUGCUUAAUGCUCUAAUUGUAAUUUGUGAGCUGUCAACUUCCUUUAAAAUCUGUGUCCAAACCCUGCUGAACAGACAUGUAGUUUUUAACUGGCAACAUUAAUAAAUAGAAACAAAUCUAU